CAUGGUGAAAUAAAAAUAAAUUUUGCGUUUAAGUAUCACUUCACCUUCAUACUGCUUCUGAGACCAAUUAAUCUGACAGAUAGGAAUAUAAAUCCAGUUUUUAUACAUAAUGUAAUUGACAGUUUGCCUUGUUUUUAAUUGGUGCAUUAAUAAAAAUGUUUGACAGUGUCAGUGGUGCAAUUAAUAAAACUAAAAUCCAAACAUCAGUGUGAUCAAGUGAUCCACUGGUGUAAGUUUAAAGGGACAAUACAUCGUUUGUAUCGUCUCGAAAAUUUUAACAAUUGAAAUAAAGGAAUCUACAUAUUUGAUUUUACAUAUGCAUUAUGUAUUGAGAUGCAAUAUAAUCUAUUAACGUGCAAUCUCUUAUAGUUUAUCGAUAUUAGAUUGUAAUAGUAAAAUUUGACUUGUAACAAAAGUCAUAUAUAUAUAAUCAAAUUGACAGUAGUGUGUACGUGAUUACAAAGAUGUCCUGAUCAUAACAAUACAAUACACAAUUUUGUAUAUUUUAAAAAAGAGAAACAAAGAAUUACCGAAAAAAUUGCUGUGAAAGUUCGAGGAGAACAAAGAUGAUAAUGCAUAAUGAUAGAAAAGACUGAACGAAUUGUUAUAAUUACAAAUAGAUGAAUUUAUUUUAAUGUGCAUUAAGUUUCGUGUACGUGACGUGAAACUUGAAAUUGUAAACAUGGGAAAUUGCCUAAAGCGAGCUACAGGUCAACAAGAUAGCACGACAUUGUUAACCAGCAGUUCUGACCCAGUAAUGUCUGGUGCUGCUUCCCAGGAUACAUUUGGUUCAUCUUCUUUACCCUACAGUGCUGGAAAUUAUUAUCCACCGAUAACAACACGGGAACGUCAUUUUCAAUCAACAGAAUUGGGUAUCAGUCGAAAUAUUGGAAUUGGAGUUGUUUUAGGUGGCGGAGGAUCUGGCAUAUUAAGUGAGGAUGAACAACAAGUACGAAUAGCCAAACGUAUAGGAUUAAUUCAACAUUUACCAAUACGAGAAUAUGAUGGCACCAAAAAAGGAGAAUGUGUUAUAUGUAUGAUGGAGUUGCAAAUUGGUGAAGAAGUACGUUAUCUACCGUGUAUGCACACUUAUCACGCGGUUUGUAUCGACGACUGGCUUUUGCGUUCAUUAACAUGUCCAUCAUGCUUGGAACCUGUUGACGCUGCAUUAAUUAAUUCUUACCAUCCAACCACUUAAAUUAUAUCGUCAAAUGAAUUUUAAAAACGAAGAUAACUCGGAGAUAGUUCAUAUUAUUGAUAUAGUGUCAUAUAUAUAAGGAUUAUAAUUUGAUACUACACACCAUCACAAACACACACACACGCAUACACAUGUAGACUGGGUAAUUUUUUUUUUAUUGUAAGUUGAUCUUUAUUUUCUAAUAUGUAAAUAAUCGAUCUCUGUCUCUUUUAUGUGAUUUGAAACGGAUAUUUUCAAAAAAAAAAUUUGAUUUUAAUUUUAGACGAAAUUCAAACUUUAUAGAUUGUAAAUUAUAUUUGAAUUCUAAAUUAAUUAAAAUUAAUUAAUUUCAAUUCUAACAACUUAAA